UUCGUUUGGUCGAAGGGGUUGCGGGUAGCUGAGCAUGGAGCGCACUCAUUCUCCAGAGACGCCAUUGGCCUUGGCCCUUUCCGGGCCCACGUUUCAGGCCCAGUCGAGCGGUAAUGGUUCCGUGCUGGACAAUGUGCUGCCCGACAUGGCGCACCUGGUAAACCCCUACUGGAGCCGCUUUGCCCCGAUGGACCCCAUGAUGAGCAAGAUCCUGGGAGUGUUCACCCUGGCCAUACUAAUCAUCUCGUGCUGUGGCAAUGGAGUGGUGGUUUACAUCUUUGGUGGAACGAAGUCGCUGCGCACGCCGGCAAAUUUACUCGUUCUCAAUCUGGCCUUCUCCGAUUUCUGCAUGAUGGCCUCCCAGUCGCCGGUGAUGAUUAUCAACUUCUACUACGAGACUUGGGUUCUAGGACCACUGUGGUGCGAUAUCUAUGCGGGGUGCGGAUCGCUUUUUGGUUGUGUUUCCAUCUGGUCCAUGUGCAUGAUCGCCUUCGAUCGGUAUAAUGUGAUUGUAAAGGGGAUAAAUGGCACACCGAUGACCAUCAAGACGUCCAUAAUGAAGAUACUCUUUAUAUGGCUAAUGGCUGUUUUCUGGACCGUAAUGCCUUUAAUUGGGUGGAGCAGCUAUGUGCCGGAGGGUAAUCUGACUGCCUGCAGCAUCGACUAUAUGACGCGCCUAUGGAAUCCAAGAUCUUACCUCAUUACCUAUUCCCUAUUUGUUUACUACACUCCUUUGUUCCUCAUCUGCUACUCCUACUGGUUUAUCAUUGCGGCCGUUGCAGCCCAUGAGAAAGCGAUGCGUGAACAGGCCAAGAAGAUGAAUGUCAAAUCACUACGAAGCUCCGAGGACUGCGACAAGAGUGCCGAAGGAAAGCUGGCUAAGGUGGCUUUAACCACUAUAUCUCUGUGGUUUAUGGCCUGGACCCCUUACCUUGUCAUCUGCUACUUCGCUUUUAAAAUAGAAGGGUUAACCCCAUUGACAACCAUUUGGGGAGCGGCCUUUGCUAAGACAAGCGCUGUCUACAAUCCAAUAGUGUAUGGUAUAAGUCAUCCCAAGUACCGCUUGGUGCUCAAGGAAAAGUGUCCUAUGUGUGUGUUUGGUAACACGGAUGAGCCAAAACCAGAUGCACCUGCUUCCGAUACAGAAACCACAUCGGAGGCGGAUUCAAAAGCUUAAUCCGACAGACACACUAGCAAUUGCCUAAAAAAGGCACAAAAAUGUAAAAAAAAAGUGAUAUGCAACGUCAUAAAGUGAUACAAAAAUGUAAAAAAAAAAUGAAUAAAC